AUGUAAUAAAGAAUAAAAGCUAAGAGGUUAAUUAAUGAGAGGCCUAAAGCAUCAAGAUGGGAAAAUGCAAUGAAUAAACUCAAGACUUUGGAUUAGUUUGGUUAAUCUGUUCAAUUGACGUAUCAAGGGGAAGAUACUUUCAAAACAAUGAUAGGUGCCAUGUUUUCAGUUAUUCUAAUCAUGAUAUUGCUAGGAGAUAUGUAAGAUGGAUUAGGCUUUAGACCUUAGGAAUAAGGCUUUGAUUUUGCUUUUGGAUUGAACAAGGAUCUUGAUUCCUCUAUUGGCUAUUUCACAGUACGGCAAGUAGAUAUUUAUGAAACUAAUUAACUUGAUUAAAAUGGUAAGAAUGUGAAAAGUAAGAACCAAAGAGAUCUAAAAUUUAGUAAAUGCCAUGAUCAUCAUUUCAACUACGGUAACUAGAGUGAGAUAGCUGCUAAAGGCAUAUCAAACCUCAAUUGUUUGACAUAAGAUGAUUAUCAAUUCAAAGGCAACUAUUACUCAAAAGAUUUUGAAUAUUUAGAGAUUAAGCUGUGGAAAUGUCAAAAUUCAUCUUUAUCAAGUAUACCAUUAUAAAAUAAUUAAACAGCUGUUUGUAAGUCUCGUUCAGUAAUAGACAACUUCUUUGAGUCAGAGAUUUUCAAUUUUGCUUUUGUUAACACAUUUUUUGAUUUAACGGAUUAUUCAUAUGAAAACCAAAUUAAGAAGUUUAUUGAUGACUCCCUCUUUUUUGAAUUAGAGUCUCAAAGAAUUAAGAAAACUAAUUUUUACAUUUAAAGACAAGAAGCAAACAUGCAAGAUGAUUAUAUACAAUUCGGGUAAUCAUAGACAAGGCAGUUUCAUCAAAUCAGCAAUUAAAGAAGCUACGAUGAUUCUUACUCUGAUCAACAAGGAUACUUUAUUGCACUUUUUCUGAGAUUAGACAAUAGAUAUGAUAAGUAUUCAAGGAAAAUCUACUCAAUUUUGGAGCUGCUUAGUGAAGUUGGAGGUCUCUACAGAUCACUAUUUGCUAUUGGGCUAAUAUUUGUUGGUAAAAUUGCUUCGAGAUUAUUCUUGAGUGAUAUUAUGAAUAAGAUUUAUUAGGUGAGGAAACAUAUCAAUUUUAAUCAUGGUGAAGAAGACAAAUCAUUUCAAGAAUCUAAUAAAAGGCCAAAGCACAAUUAAAAAGUAACUACUGAAGAUAAAGAAAAAAUUUAGGUUUAUCCGAGUUUAAAUGGACCAGGAAAGUCUAAUUUUGAGAUUGGUGAUCGACUGAACUUGAAAACGAUAGAAGGUGAAGAUCACCAGCUGUAGACAGAUAGAGAUGAUAUAGAAUUAAACUAAUAGUAGCCCCUAUAGAUAAUUGAUGGAGAAAGGUUAAAUACAGAUGAUGACCACUAAACAAUCAAGAGGUCAAAGACUUUGAAAGAUAAAGAAAACUAUCUUUCGAGACAUUUCAAAAAUAUCUAGAACGUUACUAUUAUCGAAAUUCGUGAAUUAUUAGAAUCAUUUGUGUAAAGAAUGCGAUUCACCUAUAACUCAGGUCAAAUCUUCCUAUAUGUAUUCAAAUGUUUCUGCUGCAGAGACUUGAAGAAAUACAGAUACAAGAAGCAAGUGAGAAAGCACUAUUUGUACUAGAAAGCAGAAGAAAAGCUCGGAAUGGACUUAGAUGUUAUACAGAUGAUAAAAACUCUAAAUAAGUUUAAAUUGUUCUCUCAAUCUGCUUUAAGCUAAUAACAUAGAAUGCUACUUAGAUUCUAAAGAUAGAGUUUAAUUGAAACAUCUUCUGAGUCUUCAAAUUCAGAUGACAAUCACUUAGAUCCUUUAAGACUAAUGGAAAGUUAAAACCCAUUAGUGAGAUUAGUAACAUUUGGGAAACUAAAGAAAAUGAUGUCAUCUCUUAAAAACUAAAAGCUUAAGCCAAUUGAGAAGAACUUAAUGAGAGGAGUCUUUAAAAGAAAACUUAAAGAUUACGAGGAAGAUAAUAGAGAGUAGAAUAGGAAAUUUACAUUGAUGUAAAGGCUGUGUAACUUAGACGAAAGAUUUAUAACUUAUACUAAUUCUCCUGCAAAAUCUGAUAGCAAAAAUGAAGUUAGUAAGUUUUAAGAUUCUUUGAUGAGUGAUGACUUAAGUGAUAAAAUUGUGAUCGAUGAAUUUGAUGAAAAAGAAUUAGAUAUAAAGGCGAAGGAUUACAGCAACAAAACAAAAAUAAAAAGCUUUUGA